UAUGCUUUCAUUUCUUGUAUUUAAACAAAGGCAUAACAACGGCAAAUUUCUUAUAGUUACGGCCUGUUACGGCAAUCAGGGGGAAUUUGUAUAUGUGAAUGUUGGUAUAGUUACCAUAGCCAUUACUUAAACGAAAGCGAAUGCAGUGACUAUCAUCAUAUACCCACGAAUUGUACGUACUGCAUUAACCUUCGUUUUUAGUAGUCUAUCACACCCUCGCUUGCUAGGUCGUUAAUAAUUGAUCAAGGAUCUUGAUUAGUGACAGCAGGAGACAGCUUGACAUAUCAAGGAGGAAUUAUAACUGGAAUAUUUUAUCGAUUUACAAAUAUUCGACUGCUAAUCAAUUGCAUUUAAACAUAAGCUGAAACAUGAGAAUUUCAAUGCGAAGCAUGGAAAGUUUGUACUCCAACAAGAGUUCAAACUUUUCCGCACUUCACCGGCGAAAAGCGGCCGCUGCCCGGCAACCGGCAAUUGUGAUAGCCUCCAGCAGCGAUGUACGACACCGGGUGAUGUCGGCGCGAAUGUUGCGCUUCAAACAGCUACAAAAUCAAUUGGAAGUGGCACAUCAUCAGAUAGCUGAGUUAACAAAGGAUAACCGUUUGCUAAGAGCUCUACAAAAACGUCAAGAUUCCGCCUUAUCCAAGUAUGAAAACUCAAACGCGGAGUUACCUAAACUGCUACAUUCACAUGCAGAAGAAAUUCGAACCUAUCAAACGAAGUACCGGAAUCUACAAAACCAGAACAAAGAGUUGUUGAACAAGUUGAAGCAAAAGGAUGCGCAAAUAUUGACUAUUAGUGAUCAAAAUAAGCACCUUAUUCAAUUGAAUAAGGAUAAACACCUUGAAGAACGUGAAAGGCUUGCAGAGCGAGUACGUGAUCUGGAAGCUAGGCUAAUAGAGAAGGAUAAUGACAAUAAAUUGCUAGUUAGACGACUGCAGCUUGAAUCGAAGAAUUUCAAAGGACAGCUUCAACACGAAGUUCUGAAGCAGCGAGAGAUCGCACAGAAGUUGGAGCGAGCGCAUCACGAAAUUCAGCGACUCAAUUCAGUUAUCGAGAUAUAUGAAAAGAGAACACCUUCUACGCUGCUGAAAAACAGUUACCUGAUGAAACCCCCCAAGCCAACUUCAGGACAGCUAAUUCGACUACCGAAUGGAUCUCCAGUAAAACCAGCUUUUCCAAUGCAAAAUCCAGCAGAACCUGCGCCGGUGACAAACAUGGAAAUCGCGCCCAAAAAGCAUACCGAAGAACUGGGUGACGGCGACCAUAAGUCCCUCAACCCAAGCCCAAAAAUGUUGAAACCGUUAGGUACAAUCGAAGACCCAACGCCAGCUGUAACACCGGCAAAAGUUAGCAAGUCCAAGAAACGACAUCCCAUUCCAAAAGUUCGUGAAGAGCAGGAACAUGUUGGUGAUGAUGACAAUAAUGGAAAAGAAGACGAACACCACUUCGAUGAAUCCUUCUGUAAGGAGUUCAAUCAAUACGCUUUGCAAACUGAGGCAGAGUUCGACGAAGCUAUUGAACAUGAACUAUCUAAAUUAAAGAACGACAUCGAGGUUGAUGGCGCCAGCAAUAAUCUACUGCGCCGUAGGAAGCAGCAUUUCGUCACAACAGAGGUCUCCUAUGAGGACGAUUAUGAACCUGAUUCCUCUCCAGAAAAAAAUCGUGGCAAAAUGACUGAUCUCUUCGAGCAUAAGCUGCACUUAAGUGAAUUGGAGGAACAAAUUCGCAACAUGGGCGGUCCACUGCUGAAUGGCGGAUUAAAAAAGGACAAGCCAUAUCAAAAUGGUAAGAAAGUCUCAUCGCCUGGUGACACGGAUGUGGAUUCCAGUACUAGUACCAGCGCGAGCAGAGAUUCGUCUUCAAAGGAAUUUGAGUCAAUGAAGCGAGAAAUCAGGGAGAGUAUUAUGAAGAAGGAGUGUUUGUUGGAUACAUUCUGCGACGAGAUCAAUGGAAAGGAUGACCACAGCAAAGUGCACAAUGGUCGGUCGAAGGAUUCGCUGAGAAGGAAUCAGAUUGAUCCAAAGAAGAAGAAAAACUUACUCGAAGCUUUGAAGGCAAUUGAUGGCGACAGUUUUGAUAAAUAAUCUAUGUUUGAUUUUUUUUUAAUCGCCUUGGCUGUAAUAGUGCUGCUAAUCAUAUACAUAAUAACUGUUCGCAAUUGUAGCUAUUUGGUGAGAGAUGCGAUGGAUUGUAUAUAUAUUUUCUAUGACUGUAACUAUCUGCUGAGAAUAAAUUAUAUUUUCUAUUGUA